ACUUCGUUUUCUAGUUAGUCACACAUGUUAUUCAUUUAUACUGGUUUGUCGACUUUGUCGUUGACAACAAUUUCGUCAGACUGAAUUUUGAACAAGGCCUGGGAUGCCUUUGUUGUUUAGACACAUUUUAAAUUUGGUCAUCUUGAUACCCAAGCAAAACCUCCACAGAACUUGGAAAACUGUUGGACCGUUAUCUCCUCCUGCAUCCCUUAUCUUCCGGCAUAACUGCUCCACUGCCUCCACCACCAAAAAUAUUACAGCUGUGAGAAGAUAUCGGUGGAAUCUACCCAAGGGGUCACUAAAAACGAUGGCCGUGUCCCAAGAGCUAUUUGACCAAGUCCUUACCCCGGAACUUCACACCCUCGCCUCUCUGUUUGACAAGCACGGGUAUGAGCUACGACUGGCUGGGGGUGCAGUUCGAGACCUGAUCGCUGGCCAAGUUCCGGCUGACAUUGAUUUUGCCACUACAGCCACCCCCACCGAAAUGAAAGCUAUGUUUGAGGCAGAACAAAUACGCACCAUCAACGCGAAAGGGGAGAAACAUGGAACAAUCACAGCCAGGAUUAAUGACAAGGAAAAUUUCGAGGUUACCACACUUCGCGUGGACGUGGUCACUGAUGGGCGUCACGCCGAAGUCGAGUUUACCAAAGACUGGGAGAUUGAUGCAGCUAGGAGGGAUCUCACUAUAAAUUCCAUAUUUUUGGAUCUGAAGGGGACGGUGUAUGACUACUUUAACGGUGCUGAAGAUCUUGCCAAUAAACGAGUACAAUUCGUGGGUGAUCCAAUUCAACGUAUUCAAGAGGACUAUCUCAGGAUUCUCAGAUAUUUCAGAUUUUACGGCCGUAUUUGUGACAAGGAAGAUUUGCAUCAGCCUGCUACCCUCUCCGCCAUUCGGGAUAACAUGAACGGUUUGAAGCAGAUUUCCGGGGAACGGAUUUGGGUGGAAUUGAAAAAGAUUCUGGCAGGAAAAUUUGCUGAUCACCUUACCCUCAAAAUGGUGGAGUUAGGAAUUGGUCCCUACAUCGGACUUCCUGACGAAAUGGACACAUUAAAUUUUAAAAAUGUUCAUCAACGCCUCGAGAAAUUAGGCUCGUACAAUCCAAUCACGCUUCUAAGUGCUCUGCUUAAUACUGAACAGGAUGCAAUCGCUUUAAAUUCUCGCUUGAAAUUGAGCGCAUUUGAGAGAGAUUUGGCUAUAUUUAUUGUCCUAUAUCGCAACACCCUUGGGCGUGAACCUUCAAUAAAGUCUUUCCAGAAGAUUGUAAUCUUCUCCAAGAGUAAAAUGACUGAUGUGAGACUUUGGGUGGAGGAGGUUUACAAGUACAAUGGGGCUUUGGACUUGCUGGAAGAGUUUAAAGCAUGGGAUCCACCAAAAUUCCCCAUCUCUGGUCAUGCUUUGGUGGAACAUAAGGUCCCAGCUGGCAAGACUAUGAAUCGUGUGUUGAUGGCGUUGAAGGACCUCUGGAUUGACUCCAACUUCACUGCGGGGGAGGAGCAACUCUUGAAGGAGAUCCCAGAAAUUCUUGAAGCCUUGGCUCGAUCCCCACCUACAACGCCGCCCCAAAAACCUAAAGGAGCAGGCAAAUCGAGUGCCCAAACCAAAAAGAAAAAGGAGGAAUCAUUGGUGGCUUCAAAUUCUUAAAAUUCAUCAUCCAUUCUCAUCAUCCUGUUAAGAGUGGGUCGGGUUAGUUUUAUAAUAAUGUAUCGUUAAGUUUAAUAUCCUUCCUGGUAAAUAAACUAAUAGCUAACGUGAUUUGCAUAA